CACAAAUUUUUUUUUUCUUUGAAACUUUUUUUUUAUACUAAAUUAGGGGUGGUAAAUAUGAAUAUGACAUUAAAAACAAAAUUUUAUACUUUGGUAAUUAAUUAUAAUUUAUUAAAAACGCUGGAAAAUACGAAUUUAAACCACGUGACUUAAACAAGUUCUGAUUGGACGGCUGCAUCGUGACGUCAAAUGCUGGUAGACGAUCGAGCCGAACGUGAUUUGCAGUAAUCGUGAAUUAUGGCACAGCCAGGUUUCGUUAAAGCUCAGUCGGAUAAUUUACCAUGUGUGGAUGUAGUAAUGAUUUCAAAUUUCUUUGCUAACAACCCAACACUCAAUAUAGCUGAAUCUCGAGGAGUUAAAAUGCAUAGAGCAAGUCAGGAAAGGUAUGGUGACGAAGCAAUUGGAUAUGUGGAGAUAUGUCGUCAAAAAAGAAUGUGUACCAUUCGUGCUAAAAUAUGCCCUGAACACAAAGUUCGUAACAAGGCAUACGCAGUUGAAUUAAUAAUUGAUGAAAGACAAAAUGAAAUUAAAAGUGCACAAUGCUUUGAUUGUGCAGCUUCUUCAGGUGGUUGCAAGCACGCCAUAGCAUUUUUAAUGUGGGCACAUCGAAGAAGCGAAGAACCUGCUCCAACAUCUAUAGCAUGUUAUUGGAAGCGUCCCACAAUGUCGUCAAUAGGAACAUCAUUAAAAUGUGUAACUGCGAAGGUGUUGAGUAGAAGCAAAUAUGAAGAAUCUACAGUAUUAAAUACAAAUUUUUUGGAAGAUUUCAUCGAAAUAGCUAAAGCAAGAAAACUCGACAGUCAAAUUACGCGUCAUUUCAUACAUAAUUACGACAAUUCUUUAAAAUCAUUAUCAUUACAUUUUCUUCUUUUAAAAUAUUGUAGCUGUAGUGAUCGAGAUAAAAGAAAUGUUACUGACUUUUUACUUUUUGCAAAGCAACACAUGAGCUUAAAUUUGUGCAUUGAAGCUGCGAAAGCUACAAAAGAACAAAGUUCCUGUUCGCUAUGGUAUGAACUACGCUAUGGAAGAAUUACAGCUUCGACCAUAUAUGAAGCUACAAACUGUAAAACUACAAACGGUUCGUACGUUGAAAGAGUUAUAGGUGCAGUAAAAUUAAUAGAGACUGAAGCGAUGAGACGAGGAAGAAAUCUUGAACGAGAAGUUUUACACGUAGUCGAGAAAAAGUUGGGGACGGAAUUUUACCCAACUGGUUUAAUAUUGUUGCCUGAUUACCUUAUAUUUGGAGCGUCUCCUGAUUCUUAUACGAAAGAUUACAUCGUCGAGGUUAAAUGCCCGUUAACCGAAAAAUCUGAAGACAGAUAUAUAUGUAAGAAUGGAUCAAUAGCAAAGAAGUUUUAUUCCCAAAUGCAAAUUCAAAUGAUGUUUGCCAAUCGAACUAAAGGUUUAUUUUGCGUGGCGAAAUUUGAUUUUGAGACAUCCAAAGAAGUGAAACUUGUAUAGGUGGAUUAUGAUUCCGAUUACACUAAAAAUAUAAUAUCCAAUUCAUCAAAAUUCUGGGAAAAAAAUAUUUUUCCAUUACUUUUAGAAUCUGUACAAAAAUAGAAAAGAAAACAUGUAAUCAAAUAUAAAAGAAUGUAUUGAAAAAUAUCAUUUCGAGCAAGAUAUAUGCUAGUUGGGAAUAAAAUAAUUAAAAUAUUGCGUUACAAAACUCAUUUUAAUAUUUUCUUCUUACUGAUUUAUAAUUGAUUGUUGUAAAUUAAUAAGUGCUGCUGCAAUAAUAAUAAUAUUAUCAGUUUUACUAAUGGCUUCAUGAUGAAUGCAGGAAUGAGGUUGAAGAAAAUUAAAUUCUCUCAAUCUUCUUAUUACUCGUUCAAUAUGUAUUCGUAAACUUGCAAUCCUUUUAGUUUGCAUCACUUCUGCUUUUGAUAGUUUAACAGAACUCGCAACGCUGGGAGGUCUAAUCAAUACACAUUCCUUUUGUGUUAUUAAAUGCUCGAUAUGUUUAAAUCCACGGUCUGCCAUAAUUCCGCAUCCCGGAGGUAUUACAUCUAAGUAGCCACAAUUUUCCACGAUAAACGCGUCUGUUGUUCUUCCUCCAUAACCGCAAGAAAUAUAAUUGAUCAUUCCAUCUGGCGUAGAAGAUAUUAAAUAUUUUAAAGUAUUGCAUUUUUUGUAAUCUGACCACGUUAGAGCUUGAUAUACUGCAUUAGAAGGUUUUUGAAUUUCUAUUUCUAGACAAUCAAUUAUAGACUGUACAUUACUAUAUCUUGCUCGAAAUGGUAUAGGAAGUAAAAACUGUAUAGUAUCCUUUUUUGGCCAAAAAAUAAGAGACCUUAAACAAUUUGCUAUUAAUGGAACAGACUUAUUAAAAAUUCUAUUUGCAUGACUAGCAGACAUGCCAAAUUCAUCGCCUAAACGAGAAAACGUAUCAUUCAUUUUAAUUUUAGUUAAUGUUAAAUAUAUGUCUGUAUAAAUUAAA